AUGGCAUCCACAACACAACAAACGGAAUUUAAAAAGAAUUUUCGCUUAAUUGUUGAGAGAAUCUUUAACAACUGGCAAAAUCUGCGCCUCGCCGUCGAGCAUGGCAUGGGUGGUCGCAACGGUCAGCAGGUGGCCAUACAAAUAAUGGACUACACAUAUGAAUACUGUGUGGGCAAUGACAAUAUCACCCCCGGCGAGUUGCAGGAGGUGGUUGAGGAGCUAAUGGAUCAGGAAUUCAACACACUUUGCGACGAUCAUUCCAUCCCCGAAAUAUGCCGUAAUUUGCUGCGCUACAAGCAAAUGGCAGUGGCCGGAAAGUAUCCGGAGAUUGAAACAGAGCUAAACAAGCUGCCACAGGGCAAGGACUGGCUCCGUCCUGAUGUAAAGAUCACAUACACACCCAUUGAUGGCGACUCUUCAUCCGACGAGGAUAUGGAUGAUGAGAGUGACAACGGUGAAGGCAUGGAAGAUAAUGAAAGCGACGAGGACAUGGCCACCACCAGCAGCGGGCGUGUAACUCGCUCUCAGACACGCAAACAGGCUGCAGCGCAGUUUGUAGAGCCAGAAGAUGGUUGGACGACUGUGCGUAGAAAAUAGGUAGUCGCAAAAAUAAAUAAAAAUCAAUUUGUUUAG